CAAGGACAAUAUUGCACCAAUUAAAACUGUAUUUCACUGGAAGCAGAGAAAUGUUAUGACUUUGAUAACUAUUGCUUUGCUCUCUCCAUCAUUUCCGAGAGACAGUCGGGAUUAUUUAGCACAACCACAGGAAAUCAGCACCACAGAGCUGAAAGACCGGGAAACGGCAGCGUGACCUGCAGCUGCGGUAAGAGACGACAGACACGGUGAUAAUGUACAGUAACCAACAAAACCAGUAUUAGCCAUUUUAUCUCUGUAUUAGUAAUGAGUUAGAUUUCGGCCUGAUAUUGGUUUUCUGGAAAGUUGCAGUAUUCCAAAAAUUCGUCCAGAUGAUGAAAUAAUUAUUUGUAUAAAUGAAUAGCCUAACUUAGUUUCAAAUAAAUUGCCUAUUUUUUUUUAGAUAAUAAUCAACAAAACAGAGCAAAUGGAGCAAAUUGUCACAUACGAUUUUAAAUUGUCAGUGAAAUGCCGUCGCGUUAAUAAACAAAAGCGAUCGAAAGAAUGUAUUACAGUACGUUGGAAAUCAAAUGAAUGACCAUAAUUGAUUUCCGUGUUUUGUUUUUAUUCAUUAAUAAUGACGCUGAUCGCGUAUCAAUUUGUCUAAUUUAUUAUCCAAAUGUGUUUGACCUCGGCAGUCUUGAAUUGAUUCCCACCCGCUUUUUCAUUAAAUUACUCUCAUUUAUUUCACACGAGUCUCUUUUUAAAGGGGCAUUUUGUGGAACACAACAGUAAAUUGGUCAUUUUUGAUGUGAUGUCGGGACAAAAAAUGGAUUCCCUUUUAGUUUUUUAGCGGCAAAUGACCAAAAUACAAAUAAUGUAUUUAUCUGCGGAAGAAUAAUGCACCGAUGGUAAAGGUCCAGAACUUCAUUGUGUAAGGAUACAUGUUUAGGAAAUGAAAAGGAAGAAAGCCUCAGUGUGACAAAGUGUGUGGAAGUUUAUCGACAAAAAUGUUGUUUUAAAUGAAAUAAAUGAAAUGAAAUGAAAUAUCUACAUGAAAAAAAUGAAAAAUAAACAAAUAGCAGACUGCCUAAGAGGGGAAAAAACGGACCAAUCUUCCCCCGUGCGUGCGUCCGUGCGUGCGUGCGUGUGUGCUGUCUGCUUCUCCUGUCCUACUUGAUUUGCUGAUUAGGCCCAUAACAAUAUAUGAAAUAGGAAUUAAAUGGUUAAUUGGAGGAGCAGAAACCACAUGUGAUUGAAUUUUUGGCGGAUUAUAUCAGACUGCUAGAUGCUGUAAUGGACGGACACACACACACACACACACACACACAGCCCCGGUUUCACGGGUCUUUGUUUCUGAUCUGUUAAAUCCCACCCACUUGACAUGAACACAGCAGAAGAAGAAGAAGAAGAAGAAGAAGAAGAAGGGGGGAACAAGCCCUCACUCCGGCGCCCUCACUAUCAGCGCCCAGUCGCUGUUGUCUAUCCUGCCUGCUGGACCAGUAAGAUGGAGACGGAGAGUUGUUUGCCUUUCUCUCCGCAGACCAGCAGGAGGACGCCGGGCAACUCCCCGGGACUGGAGCACGGCGGCUCCGGCUCCUUUCUCCCCUGCGAUGAGCUGCAGAAGCCCUCGCACCUUCCCCCGCACCCUUUCCCUCACCGCCUGAGCCUGCGCGGGGAUCUGUACGCCGCCGCCAUGGGGAGGUUUGGUGAUGCUGCGGCGGACUUUACGCACGGCGCUGCCCCGGGGAACCCGCCCGCCUCACCGUCCAAACACAUUAAGUUCCUGGAGAGUAUAAACCAAGAUCAGAAGGGGACGGCGAUAAGCGGCAAGCCGACGUUUUUCGACAGUAACUCCGAAGUCAGAGAGAAGGGGACUCCAAAAAUCGUCUAUCCUGGGAUCGGCACAGACUGUUGUGGCAAGCUGAAGGAGCCGGUCGUCGUCUUACAGGGGGACUCUAUCGCUGACUCCAUCGACUUAUCCGGCAAGAACAAGAAGCGGCGCAAUCGCACCACUUUCAGCACUUUUCAGCUGGAGGAGCUGGAGAAGGUGUUUCAGAAGACACACUACCCUGACGUGUAUGCCCGGGAACAGUUGGCGCUGAGGACCGAGCUCACCGAGGCUCGGGUUCAGGUUUGGUUCCAGAAUCGUAGGGCCAAGUGGAGGAAACGGGAGCGUUAUGGGAAAAUUCAGGAGGUCCGCAACCACUUUGCUGCUACGUAUGAUAUCUCUCUUCUCCCUCGCCAUGAUACAUACCAGAUGCAGGGUAACCUGUGGCCAGGGCCUGCUUCAGGAGGAGGCGGUGGUUCUAGUGCUGGUUGUGUCCUAGGAGCUGACUCCAUCCCCUCGUCCUGCAUGAGCCCAUACCCCCAUCCCCACAGCAACCUGCAAGGCUUCAUGGGUAUGCCCACAUCCCCCAGCCACCCACACCACCACCACCACCACCAUCACCACCCGUCUCACCAUCCAGGCAUCAAUGGCCUCUACUCGCUCCAUAGCUUCCCAGGGGGCCUGGGGUCCCCUUCCAUUGAGGGGCCUGAGACCGAAUACAAGCCAACUGGCCUGGUGGCGCUGCGGAUGAAAGCCAAAGAGCCCGGCAGCAUCCUCUCCUGGCCAACAUGACCACAACAGUGCCAGCCAUCCAUUAUGCACUGACUGAGCCAAAGCAUAUUACAUUCCUGACUCAUGCACAGUCCCAGAUGUACACGUCCACAGCAUAUGACUUAAAUAUUCCCCCGUAACAUUUAUGUAAGCAAACUUGGAGACUUUCCACAAUUGAGAAGCUCUUGGAAGAGGAAUUUCAUGAACACUGACAACAUCUUGAGCCUCCUGCACGAAACAUAUUAAUAGGAACUCUUGUUUCCAGGUUUAGUCAGAUAUAGCAAUGCUGAGACCAAAGAGGAAAAGUUAUUUAAGCAUGUAAAAAAUGUAAUUAUCAUAUUAAUCUUUGUUUUUAUGUAUGUUGUGCUUUAUAGUGUGAUCAGUAAUAAAGUCAUCCAUCUAAAUCAUCUGUCUUAUUCAGUAGGAAAGUAUUUUGGGGGAAAAGAGAUUAGAAAAAAUGGAACAAAAACAAUCGCAGCUGGAAUUGUUUUAGCCUUGACAUGACUCUUUUAGAAAACGAUAACCAAGAGAACUGACCAAAAAAGUCUGUAUCGCAUUUUUUUUUUACCGGGAAUGUGGUUGUGAGGCAAAAAUGCUUCACAGGCUGUGGUUGCCAUAAACACAAAGUUUUGUGCUGUGUGGUGAGCGUCUUUGUGUUCAGGACCAGCACAGGGAGACCGUACAUGUGCAGCCUACUUGGCUUCACUUCAAGAGGCCUUCAGGUCGCACCUCAUGUAUCAGGAACAAGUGGCAGGUUCAUUAAUGAAAAGCUAACUGAGCGACCACACUUCACUAUCGAUGAUCAAGUAGAGAGCCUCCCACAGGCGAGUGGCUUCAUGUUGAGGCAGGCAUUUCUCAUUCACAUCUGGUAUCAGUGGUAAACCCGACCAACUGAAUAAUGAGCUACAGUUUAAUAGAAGAAGUCGGGGUUACCAUGGCUCAGAGCGUGUUUUGUUUAGUAAUAUAAUUCACUGAAGCCAGGUCAUCGGCUUUUAUUUAUAAACACUUGUGCAUUAAUGUGUUGUUUUUUAAGAAUACUAUGACAUAAAUCCGUUCCUGUGGCACACUUAGUCCCGCAUGGAUUCUAAAUGCAUUCCUAAUAAUGGUUUUCAGGAAAUCUCCUUGUCAUGCGUUACCCCAAACAAUUUACUUUAUUGUCAAGGAAACUCUGAAUUGCAUGGUACCAUCCCAUCUGGUGUAAAUUACUAAAUACCAACAUAUUCAUGGCAGAUGUGCAAACAUUUCAAUCAAAUUGAGAUUGAGAAUGCAACUUUUUGAAUUGAGAGAAAAAAAAAGUGUUCCAGUGGUGGACAAAGCCCUCCCAAGCUCCACUGACUCCCCAGGAGUGUACAUGGCUUAUGGGGGAAUAUAUUGGCUCUCCUUCCUCUUUGCUUGCUUCACCAUGACAGCCAUGCUGGGGCGGAUUAGCUGACCAUUCCUGUAGUCUGUGUCGGGAUUUUGUGUGAGCCACUAACAUGUGGUUCCAAUAGAAGAAUGCACAAACCCAUCAGAAACACUUUCCACACCCACAGCUUCAAAUUCCAGCCAGACCCUGGGAGACAGCAGCCCUUACUGCCGUUACAUAGUCCCCCUGAUUAAAUCCCAGAUUAAGUGGAGAAGAUAAGAAGACCUGUCAGUAGGGAUAAGGGAUUGAGGAGAUGGCCAUCUUUAGGAAAGCUAAAGAAAUAGCAGAUGGUGGAACAGUGUUCAAUUUUAUAUUCAUUUAUUUUUUCGAGAGGGAGAAGAUUAAUUAAAUUUAUAUGUCCAUAAACAAAAGAGGAAACUCUGCAGCUUAUAUGUUAACUUGUGAACACUGUCACGACAGUUGUAAUAGAGUAACUCACGACGUAAUAAUUACAGUAUGGUUUAUUUAACUUAAAAGGGCCUAAUCUUACAAUAGAGAGUCAUAAGUUUUGAUUAAGUCGUGAUUAAAGUUAAGCGGUGCGACACCGAUCAGCCACGACAUUUAAAAAGGUACCUAAUGUUGUGGCUGGUCAGUGUAUAUCCUAUUUGAAAUAGUUAGUAGAACCAUCAGUAAUGUUAUUUAAAACUUAUUUUGUAGUUUCAAUUAUUUUCCAUGGCUUUGUGGCCUGACUAAGUAAAAAAAAAUACACCCAUCAAACACAACAUUAAAACCAUUUACCUGUUUUAAUGUUGUGGCUGAUUGGAGUAAAUGAAAACAGGCAGUUAUUAACUAUGCAUCACUCCAUGUGUCAGGGUCAUUAGGUGAAGAGUGUAACUUGAGUCUAGAAAUUACAGUACCCGCCGCCUCAUUAAUGGACUGAAAAAUAUGAUUUGUCGCUCAUUAAAAUCUAUAAAGGUGCCUCCUAGCCACUGUUCUCAGCUUUGAUCUCAACACGAUUUAUUAUAGCCUUCAAAUGGGGCUAUUGUGACCCAGCAGAUCCUUGUUUCUGAACUAGUGAAACAGCAUUAACUUGUUCUACAGAAUAAACAAUGUGGAAGCUCAAAGUGGCCAAAACAGUCAAACAGUGGAGUGACGAAUUCAAGACCGCCUCUCAUGAAGUCUGUCAUGUCAGCUUCAUUUCGCAGUAUUUCAGAUUUAGUGCCCUUUAUUGACUAUUUGCACGUGAUGUGCACAAAAUCUUUUUACAAAUAUCAGAAAACUCUGCUUAUCUUUACUCAAAUACUUCAUUCAAACCAUAGAUUGUGACUAGGAGGACAUUAACUCCACUAGAGGCCUAUCAGUAGUGCACACGCCUGCUCUCACACACACACACACACACACACACACACACACGCCUUCUCAUUCUUUGUAAGUGCAUCCCCACUACAGUCGAAAAGUCAGACUCGGCUAGCCUCCAACCCUUCAAAUAUUUAUUUUUUUUUACUUUUAGAGAUACAGAGGUCUAC